ACCGGGUGCCGGGUCAUGCGCCGCCGCCUGUGGCUGGGCCUGGCCUGGCUGCUGCUGGCGCGGGCGCCGGACGCUGCGAGAACCCCGAGCGCGCCGCGGGGACCGCGCAGCUACCCGCACCUGGAAGGCGACGUGCGCUGGCGGCGCCUCUUUUCCUCCACUCACUUCUUCCUGCGCGUGGAUCCCGGCGGCCGCGUGCAGGGCACCCGCUGGCGCCACGGCCAGGACAGCAUCCUGGAGAUCCGCUCUGUACACGUGGGCGUCGUGGUCAUCAAAGCAGUGUCCUCGGGCUUCUACGUGGCCAUGAACCGCCGGGGCCGCCUCUACGGGUCGGUUCCGGGAGCGCAUCGAAGAGAACGGCCACAACACCUACGCCUCACAGCGCUGGCGCCGCCACGGCCAGCCCAUGUUCCUGGCACUGGACAGGAGGGGGGGGCCCCGGCCAGGCGGCCAGACGCGGCGGUACCACCUGUCCGCCCACUUCCUGCCCAUCCUGGUCUCCUGAGGCCCAGAGAGGCCGGCGGCUCCCCAAGGUGCCUGGGCUGGUGGCGAGGGGCCCAGCCAUGCCUGUUCUUCCCCUCGCUGGCUCCGUAAGCGCUGAGUGCCCACUGUGUGCGGGCGCUGUGGACACAGCACAGGAGCCCCCCGGGGGGGUCCCAGCCUGAGGGGGCAGCGGCCACCAAGCAGGUCCAAUCCUGAGUUGGGGACCUUAAGGACCCAACAGGGCGCCUCUCGGGCUGAAGGACGCAGACGUCGAAAGGUCGAGGGGGGAUGUCCCAUGCAGGGCCCGGCAGAGGCAGGGGCUCAGGGUAGGUAGCACGUCAGGGGGGCAGGGCAGGAGGGGAGGGGAGGGGAGGGAGGGGAGGGAGGGGAGGGGAGGGGCCGGGGAGACAGUGACAGACGCCGCAGAACACCAGCCUCGAAGCCGGUCCUGUCCCGGGAAUCUGCAAAUACAACGCCUUGCGAGGACAAAGGCACUGCAGGUGGGACGGAGAUGGGGGAGCAUCCGGGGUGGGGGGUCCAGGGCCCCAGUGUCCUCGCAGGGCCCUCACGACAGGAGGCAGGAGGGUGAGAGCCAGAGAGAGAUGGGGAUGGGCUGCGCCGUGGCCGUGAAGGGGAGGAAGGGCCCUAAGCUGAGGGAUAUGGGUGCCUCCAGAUGCUGAGGAAGGCGGGAAACGGUUCCCCACUGCAGCCCCGGGGGAGACCGGCCCUGCCCCUGCCUUGGUAUUAGCCCAGGGGGACCCAGUUUGGACUCUGGCCUCCAGAACCGCCAGAAAAUAAAUGUUUUAAGCCAUUGAGUUUGUGGUCCUUCGUUAUAGUGACGUGGGAAAUAUGCAUACGGUGUCUGAAACUGUUUUCAGGACAAAAUAAGCCUCAGAUCCCCCGGGGAUGGGCAGAGGCCGACACCUCCAU